AGCCAUGACCGACGGAGAGCCAGGCACAAUAAAUGGACCGCGGAUUUGAACGCCACUCUCCAUGGAGCACUCGGUUUGAACUCUAGCGGAGCGAGAGUGACCCACGCGUUCCCACUCCACACCGCGUUACGUUUCCUUGACCGGAGGGGGGCAAUGAUAGGAUGCGACAAGGCAUAAAAAAGUUUUGGAUCAAUGAAUUAUCAGGACAGCCAAGCUGGAGUAAAACAGUUUAAAUGAGACUGUUUCUGGUGUUGAGUUCCACGCACGCAGCAGGAGGGGGACAAAGAUGUGUGGUCACGACUCAUGACGCAACCCAGUUCGUCAGGAACUGAAUCACAUUGGAAUUUAUUUAGUGACUUGAAAGGUUAGCACUACGGUGGGACACGUUUGUUUUAUUAAGUUGCUUACAACAUUAAUACAGCAAACCCUGCGCUCUACUUUUCACCGCUGGAUUAUACUCUGCAUAGUAGUGCUUAUUCCUGAAAGUGGCCUUAGUGAAAUCGCCUUUUUAUCGCCUUUUUUUACAAUACGGAUAUAUUCAUACUCUUACACUCUGCCAUACUACAUUGCCUUGCCUAUUUUACCCAGUGGUGAGAGGUUGCGCUUUACACUGAUUCGCGAGGGGCUCUGGGUAACUGUUACCGAAUUCUCUGAGAAGACAAUGCCUGGCAUUCCAUCUGUAUACCUGUGGUCGCCUGCGUACAGAGAAGAGUCUCCGUGAAGAGAGCGCUACGUUUUGAGCACUUUUGCAGUUUCGUUUGUGUCUCUGUUGAAUGCACAGUUUGAUUUUGUGCAGCUGGAAAAGAGUCGACAGACAGCUUCAGCACCACGUCGCUGAACAGCUCCCGUUUCCCUUCGGCACAUUUUCCCCCCGGUUGAAUGGGCGCUAUUUGUCCCUGUCUUUCAUAUAGCUCUUAACUGCUGGCGACUGUUUGCAAUGGCAUCACACGGAUUUUGGGGUCUUGGCGCGCCAGAGAAUGCUGGUGAUAAUACCAGCAACCAAAGCCCCACUACGCCCAGGGCAUGGUGCCAGGCGGCGGCCCAAAAACUACCUGGAGGCAUUGGAUCGAAACUGUGUGCUCUGCUCAGUGUUGCUGGAGAGGGCGAGAAAACAUCCGAGCCGACAUCCACCAAACUGGAUGAGACAACGGUUGGGACCUGCGGAUGCAACAAACCGUGCAAUUGUCUAAAGGCGACUGAGGCGACUGUCGGUUUCUCAGAUCUAUAUUCAACAGAUCUACUACCCGCGUUGGAUGGCGACAUGAAGACAAUGACUUUUCUCCAAGAAGUUGUGGAUAUUUUGCUGGCAUAUAUCACGGAGUCAUUUGAUAGAGAAACGAAAGUCAUUGAUUUCCACUAUCCCAAUGAAUUGCUUCAGAGAAACAACUGGGAACUGCAGGAUGAGCCAGAAACACUGGAUGAUAUUUUGAUAAGCUGUCGUGCAACUCUGAAAUACGCUAUCAAAACAGCCCACCCCAGAUACUUCAAUCAGCUCUCUACAGGAUUAGAUAUGGUUGGUCUUGCAGCUGAUUGGUUAACGUCCACCGCAAACACCAACAUGUUCACCUAUGAGGUUGCUCCAGUGUUCGUGCUGCUGGAAUACGUCACUUUGAAGAAAAUGAGGGAGAUCAUUGGCUGGGAGGGUGGUCGAGGGGAUGGAAUCUUCUCUCCCGGUGGUGCCAUUUCCAAUAUGUAUGCCAUGCUGCUGGCUCGCUUCAAGAUGUUUCCUGAAGUGAAGGAGAAAGGAAUGUCAUCAGUCCCCAGACUGGCAGCCUUCACAUCCGAGCAUAGUCACUUCUCAAUCAAGAAAGGAGCAGCAGCCCUUGGCAUUGGUACAGAGAGUGUCAUCUGUAUCAAAGCUGAUGAGAGUGGUAAAAUGAUACCAGCUGACCUUGAAAGGAAAAUACUGGAAGCCAAGCAGAAGGGAUUUGUGCCAUUCUUUGUGAGUGCGACGGCUGGCACCACAGUCUACGGAGCCUUUGACCCCCUCAUUGCCAUCUCAGAUAUCUGUAAGAAGUACCAAGUCUGGUUUCACGUGGAUGGUGCGUGGGGAGGCAGUCUCAUCAUGUCCAGGAUGCACAAGUGGAAGCUCGAUGGAGUUGAGAGGGCCAAUUCAGUGACAUGGAACCCUCACAAGAUGAUGGCAGUCCCACUGCAGUGCUCAGCCCUGCUGGUCCGGGAGGAGGGGCUGAUGCAAAACUGCAACCAGAUGCACGCCUGCUACCUGUUCCAGCAGGAUAAGCACUACGACCUGUCCUACGACACUGGGGACAAGGCCUUGCAGUGUGGACGUCAUGUGGACAUCUUCAAGCUCUGGCUCAUGUGGAGAGCGAAGGGCACCAUCGGGUUCGAGGCUCAGAUUGACAAGUGUCUGGAGCUUUCGGAGUACCUGUACAACAAGAUCAAGGACAGGGAAGGAUAUGAGAUGGUCUUCAAUGGAAAGCCUCAGCACACCAACGUGUGUUUCUGGUACCUCCCUCCUGGCAUGCGGUACCUGGAGGACAAAGAGGAGAAAAAGAAGCGCCUGCACAAGGUGGCUCCAGUGAUCAAGGCCAGGAUGAUGGAGUAUGGGACAACCAUGGUCAGCUACCAACCACAGGGGGACAAGGUCAACUUCUUCCGCAUGGUCAUCUCCAACCCCGCGGCCACCUUUGAGGACAUCGACUUUCUUAUCGAGGAAAUCGAGCGGCUCGGUCAGGAUCUAUAAGACUUGUGUCACCCAAAUAUCCCUUUCCUUUUCCCUAAACGGAUGAAAUGUUUGUUGUGAAUGUAUUGGUAAUCUAUUUUUCUUUCUUCCAAAGUCAUAUAUUAUAACAAGGUAUGUUUGAGAGAAAAAAUUAAUCUAUAGAUAUAUCCAUAUUUAUGUAUUGUAGCUUUGUCGUGGACCUCCUUGGUCUGGGGCCCUGUAAAAGUUUUUCCUAGUGUAGACUAGUGUAAUUGAUGUAACUUUAUAUGUAUUUUUGUGAUAUGAAAUGCCAGUGCAAUAGGUUGAUGAGGAAGAGUUUAUUUUCUAAUUGUUUUCUCGUUUGCCAGGUAUAUUGGAAGUGCCAGAUGUGUUUAAAUUCCAUUGUAAGCUACAUUCGUGUCUCACUCAUGUUUAAAAGAACACUUCCGCUGAUCUCAACUCAGUCCACUGCCUUUACAUUUGCAUACUUCAAGCAGUGGUUUUGGUAAAAUGUUGGUUGACUCACUUUUACUUGUAUUAGAAAACAAUGACAAAGUCUCCAAAUCCGACACGUCCCAUAACUGUAGUAUCUGAAUUUAAACACAUUUCCAAAAAAUCUGAAGGAUGAAAAUAGUAGUGCCUCACAGCAGUGAAGGAGAAAGGCAAAUGUUAAUUGACUACACCGAGCAGCUCUAAGAAUAGCGCCACAGUAAUACUCUUCAAAGCAGCCAUGUUUAUGCUCAACAGCAAAAGCACUUUUCAUUUGAUGACCUCAUUUAUUUAAUGCCACUUUCAAUUAUCUCUCUGGUGUGUAGUGGGUGCAAGAUGAUAUUAACUCAGCAAAAAAAGAAACGUCCUCUCACUUCAACUGUGUUUAUUUUCAGCAAACUUAGCAUGUGUAAAUAUUUGUAUGAACAUAACAAGAUUCAACAACUGAGACAUAAACUGAACAGGUUACACAGACAUGUGACCAACAGAAAUGGAAUAAUGUGUCCCUGAACAAAGGGGCAGAGGGGGGGUCAAAAUCAAAAGUAACAG